AUGCAUGCGCCUUCGCCGUCGCACAUCCUCCGCAUCCACGCGGCAGACGUCACCGUCGUGUCCUUCUCUAAGGAUAACGAGCGGCUAUACUCCGGCGACACGUCGGGCAGCGUGUUCGUCACCUCGACGCGUACAUUACGGCCCAUUGCUACAUGGAAGGCGCACUUGGAUGGCCUCCUCGGCGUGCAAGAGUGGGCAUCGAACAUAGUCACUCACGGCCGGGACAACAAGCUGCACGUCUGGAAGCGUGUCCUUCCUCCUCCUCUAGUCGGCAGCACCGUGUCCAGUCCAGAUCUUCCUACUCCUGAACUGCAGUAUUCUCUGGAUGUGAAUGCUCUGAAUUUUUGUCGUUUCUCUUUGCUUCGGGCCCCUUUGUCUGGCGCGGAGUCUUCAGCAGCACCUACAACGGAACAUGCUCUCAUCGCCAUUCCGAACCUCAUUGAAUCCUCUUUGGCAGAUGUCUGGGAACUACCUUCUUGCUCAAGAAUCCAUGCAGCUAUUGGAAAAGUAGAAGCUCCCGAAAUUGGCUUGAAAAGUUGGCAGAUCGAUUCCGAUGGCCGCAUUCUAAUGGCACUACACCUCUUUAUCAAAUCAAGCCGACUUCAUUUACUGUCUGCAUACGAGAUUGGAGAGGUCACUCUGCGCCGACGCAUUUCCGGUGAACAUGAGAAGACCAUCGAAGGUCGAGGCUGGGAAUGCAUAUGGAGAACAAGACAACAUGCUGAGUCCGUAAUGGCGAUGUCCGUUUCAUCCGAUGCUUCAUUCGCUCUGACUGUAUCAGCAGACCUAAUAAUUGUCCGAUAUGCAUUAGAUGUGCACGAAAACCGUUUUACAAGACAUAGGAUCAGACAACCAGGCAACGGUGCCAUUGCACUACGUUCCGACGGAUGCGUCUGUGCAGUUGGUGGGUGGGACGGAAAAGUUCGCUUAUUCUCAACGAAGUCCUUCAAGUCACUCGGAACUCUGUCAUAUCACACAAAGAAUUGUCAGGCAGUUGCUUUUGCGCAUUCAAAUCCACAGCAAUUUCCAGAAACUUCGGAGGACGAUGACGAACUGACCGAAGAGGAACGAGAAGGUCGAAGUCGAUGGCUCGCAGUCGGCUCACAGGACCAUCGUCUAACGAUUUGGGAGCUAAUCAGCUUUCGCAAAGAAGCGCGUUGA